AUGGAACAUGCACUGAAGAUCUUCCCUAACGGCUUGCCCAAUCUUGAGCAGUUGGUAGCUUACAACAAAGGCAAAGAUGUUCCUCCAGAGACUAGCUGGAUUUGGGGUAGAGAUGAUGAGAUUGGUCGCAUUAAUCUUCUGACACCAGACAAGAUCAUAAUCGCAAAAGAUCGGCAGAUACAACAGGGCAAAUUUGUCUCAUUGAACUGGCCGAUGAACCUGCCCACCAAACCAGCUUUUGGACGAGAUGCUUGCAAGCGCACGGUCAAGAAUCAUCCAGAUGGUCCGAUGGUCUUUGACGAUUGGAUUGACAUGAACGUACAAUCUGGCAGCCAGUGGGACGGCUUUCGGCAUUUCGGACAUCAGACGCAAGGUAGAUUCUACAACGAUCUGACUCCGGAUGAAGUCAAGUCUGGGACCCGUUGCGGUAUUCAAGCGGUAUCCGACCACGGCAUAGCUGGUCGUGGGGUUCUCCUCGAUUACUACAGCUGGAAAUGUGCUAAAGGAGAGCAUUACGAUCCACUUACAAGUCAUCCGAUCCACCUCGACGAGCUUCUUGCUGUCGCAAAGCAUCAGCAUGUAGACUUCGAACCAGGCGACAUAUUGCUGAUCAGAAGAGGUUACACUCAUGCAUACUACAAGUAUGAGAAAGAUGACCCUUCUCGACUCGACGAGGCGGGCUCUGUUCAUCCAUGCCUGGCUGGUGUCGCUCAAACAGAAGAGAUGAAAACCUGGUUGCAUGAUAAUUACUUCAGUGCAGUGGCUGGAGACGCACCGGCCUGGGAGUGUUGGCCACCAGGAGAAUGGGCGUUGCAUGAGUUCUUACUUGGUUCCUGGGGUGUACUCAUUGGCGAGAUGUUCGAUCUGGAAGCACUAGCUAUACAAUGCGAACAAGAACGACGAUGGUCGUUCUUCUUUUUAAGCACGCCUAUGAACAUGCCAGGCGGUAUCGCAAGCCUUGCAAACGCUGUCGCUAUUCAUUGA